AUGGAUUUUUCACGCCAAACCCGUAUUAUCUUGCUUUUGACUAUCGACAUCACCUUUUUCUUUAUUGAAAUUAUUACAGGCUAUGCGAUUGACUCACUGGCUCUUAUCGCCGAUUCUUUCCAUAUGCUAAAUGACAUUGCCAGUUUGUUCAUUGCACUUUGGGCAACUAAGCUCGCUCAUUCCACCGAUUACGAGGCUAAAUACACCUAUGGUUGGCAAAGAGCUGAAAUUCUUGGUGCUUUAGCCAAUGGCGUCUUUUUGAUUGCCCUUUGCAUGUUCAUCUUCUUAGAAGCUAUCCAACGCUUUAUUGAACCACCUUCCGUUACGAAUCCUACACUUAUGCUCUUUGUCGGAUCUAUGGGCCUUAUUAGCAAUAUUAUUGGCAUGUUCCUUUUCCACGACCAUAGCCAUGCCCAUGGCCAUGGCCACGAUCACCAUCAGGCAUCUAAUGCUCGUAACUACGAAUUCCCAGAAGAAGUUGAUGAUAUUGAGUCAGUCUUACCUUCCACUAUCGUCAACCGUUGUCAUUUCCAAGGUGUUCCUCAUGACCAUCCUGCUGCUGACAUCGCUGCCACCGAGAACUCCCCCUUGCUUAGCUACAUUGGUUCCCCCUCUGGCUCCAAUGUUUCCAGAAAGUCUCCUAGCAACCACGGAACCAUUCCAGAUUCUUCUCCCCAUAAAGAUCAACACAAACCCAAGCGUAGCCUCAAUAUGCAUGGCGUUUUCCUUCACGUAUUGGGAGACGCCCUUGGUAACGUCGGCGUGAUCAGUGCAGCCUUAGUAAUUGGAUAUACAGACUACUCUUGGCGCUACCUAUUCGAUCCUUGCGUAAGUGUUUUGCUCACCUUUAUCAUCCUCCUCAGCGCCAUUCCCCUUUGCAAGUCUGCCGCUUUAAUUUUAUUGCAAGUUGCUCCUCAAAGCAUUCGCAUAGAAGAUGUCUCGUACCUCAUCAGUCAAUUAAAUGGUGUUGAAUCCGUCCACGAACUUCACAUCUGGCAAUUGUCUGACGUAAAGUUAAUUGCUACUGUUCACGUUUGCGUUACUCUUCCCGAUGACCGAGGUGAGUCUUAUAUGAAAAUGACCAAGGACAUCAAUAGGGUCCUUCAAUCCUUCGGCAUUCAUGAAUGUACCAUUCAACCUGAAUUUGCCAAUCAUCCGUCCCUUUGCCCUUCUGCCAACUAA